GAAUCAAGCAAAACCCUUAUCCUAUUUUUAUAUUCUGUUUUUGAAUUAUUGAUUGAUGUGUCAUUUACUAACUUUUUAAAGAAGACCCUACUUUCUCUUCUUUAUUGGGCCACAACACCAGCAACUGCACCAUUCAUUUAAUUCCCUUUCAUUCAACCAAAUCUCCUUCCUUUCUCUCUUUAUUUAUAUAAUUUUCUCUGCCCUUUUGCCCCCUGUUUUCUGUUCUAAAUCGUUCUUCCUUUUUUCCCCUUAUAAGAAAAAGAUUUUGUGGGUGUUUUCUUGGAUUGCGUUACCAUUGGACUGAAGAUUUUUGAUUUUUGAUUCUUGAAAAAGAAUGGCAACUGCAUCUGUUGGUAUGAUUGGAGGAAACGGCUGUGCUGGGUCUUCAUCUUCUUGGUUCCAGAUCAAGAAUAGGAAGAAGAAGAAUCAAAUGGCGAGAGAUAGAGUCAAGUUUUUCUGCGUUUCUUCUUCUUCUGCUGUUAUGGAUCCUUACAAGACUCUCAGGAUUCAACCUGGUGCCUCUGAAUCCGAAGUCAAGAAAGCCUUUAGGCAGCUUGCUUUGCAGUAUCAUCCAGAUGUAUGCAGAGGAAGCAAUUGCGGAGUGCAGUUUAGUCGGAUUAAUGAAGCCUAUGAUAUUGUGAUGAGCAGUUUGAGAGGAGAAGCAGAUGAAUCGCACGUGUUUGAGUCAUCAUAUGAACCCUAUGAUCAAGGAGUCGAUGAGCCAAUGAGGGGAAUGGACGACCCUGAUUGGGACAUGUGGGAAGAGUGGAUGGGAUGGGAAGGAGCUGGAAUUAGAGACUACACAUCCCAUAUUAAUCCUUACAUUUGAGUUUCAAUUUUAUGAUUGUAAAUAAAUGAUCAUUAAUUAAGUACUGUAAAUUUAAUUUACUGAGUUAAAGCCCACCCACGUAUAUAUUUAUAUGAUUCAACCUUUUUCAAGGAAAAGGUUGUGUUUAUAAUGGACGUGGUGUUGAAGUGGCUAUUCUGUGUACAUAAUCUUGUGGAGCCUGAAUCACCAAAAUAAUUACUCGUC